AUGGCUGGGGAACCAGCGGCGCCUAUAGCUGGCUACAUCGGCAGCGAAGCGGCAUGUAACUGGAAGACCUUCGCGGUCCUGGCAGCGGCCGCUCUCUUUCUGUCCGCAUCCCUCUCAGCCAACACACCAUGGCCAUUUCAAGGCCCAUUGCUGUCGCUGCCACGCCAUACCAUCAACCAGUCCAUCAACCACAGCAGCAGCAUCACAGCAGGACUGCACCUCAACGGCGACGAGCAGGUGGAUGCCGCCAUCCCACCAGCAGCAUCAGCAGUGUCCAACGACUCGUCUGCUGCAGUGGAUCAGGAGCUUGAAGCCUAUGUGGUCACACUGGGCGGGCACAUGCGUUCCUACGAGCGGCGUCUGGUGCCACUGGCCACUCAGCUGCACGCCAACAGUAUCCCCAUCAUCCCCCUGACCGUCUACCCAAAUAUAGCUGCAGCCAAAUUCUCUUUCUCUCUCAGCAGCUCUUUCUCUCUCGCCCUGGAGCUGGCCGUAGCGAAUGACGCAUUUUCAAGAGGAAUGGUUCUCUUCAUAGAGGAUGAUACUGGGCUCUAUCCCUAUCCAGAGGGAGAGUUCCGCGCGGAGCUCUUCAAGACAGUGAAUGAUUUGCCAGCGCAAUGGCAAGUGUUACACUUGUGUAGCGGUAAAGACAGAGAGGCGUCAGACGACAAACAAACAAGAUGCUUCUCUCACGUUUCGUACGUUUGUGUGGUCAUAUAGGUUUUUUGUGGGGACAUAAGAAGCACAAGAAACGUCACGGACCGAGAAGAUAUAACGACCCCGACUUCCAGGUGCCGUAG